UGAAUUCUACUAUUCAUUUCAUGGGUAGUCACAUCUUUAUUAAGACCCAAUGGGCUUUUCUAAAAGGCGUAGAAGCCAUUUCCUUAAAAUAUAAGCAUAACAAAAAAUAAAAGUUAAAGUAGAACCCUUCUAGUCACCUUGGGAAUUUUAGGUGCCCACCUCUUAGUUGUAACCAUCAGCAUGCAUUGCUUAACAGAAAAGCAACUAGUUACUACAGAUUGCACUCACAGUUUACAUGGGUUUACAAUAAAAUGCUAAAGACCUCUUUAUAUGAGGACAAGUUACAAAUGUUCUUGGGAUGAAUCCAAUGAAAGUAUCUUGGCUGUAUGAGAAGAAUGAGAUCCCUAAUCUUGUUACAUGUCCUCUGCUUGAUGUGUGUUGAAAUCAGUUUCUCCUCCACUCCUGUUUUGGAGGUCCUUCUAAUUAACCAGGGUGCUAUUUUUAAUUUUUCAUCAUAGCUUGCCACUUCUGGUGAUCUAGUCAUACAUUGGAGUAGUCACAGCGAAGGCAUUAAAUAAUAAGUGUCCCACUGGUACCUUGAAUUUAUACGUUAUUUGGGUCCAUGCUUGCUAAUACUUUUGUGGAUGGUCCUUUACGAGGAGAUAUAGUUGGUUAUUUAAGGGAAAAAUAUUCCUAUGGAGCCAAAGAUACUAUCAUUUCCAUUAACCAGUGAUGGCUUAACUGAAGAGAAUGAGCCUUCUGGUUUCGUGCCAUGUGACUAUGACUAUCAGGUUAUGUACUUGUUCACUUGGACCCAUGUCCACAUAAUUAACUUCACUCCCAUGGUUGACCUCAGUUAACAUUACCAAACACACAUGUGGGAAGACAGCUCAUUAGUUUUGUUUGUUUUAAAUAGUAGCUUAUUGAAAUGAGGGAUAUUUUAGGCUACCACAGGAUUGAGGAAUCUCUCCUCCACUGAUGGUUACAUUGUUUACAAAAAUAACACCAGCAUUAUUUUUUUCCUUCAGUCUCUUGCCCUAACUUAACUCAGUCUCAGGAAGCUUUUGCUGACUUCCCAUCCCCCACCUGAAAGAUAGGUCAUUAUCCUUUCUUGACUCCUACAUUGCUUGUGUUUAUCAGUCAUUGGCCUUAGACCAUCUCUUCUGCUAUGGAACCUGUGUUUCUGUCCCUUGAAUCGGCUGCGCCACUCUACCAUUCCGGCCUUGACACUUGACAUCUUCUAUGCACAAGUGUGUGUGUGAAUGCAUGUGUGUAUUCAUGUUUACAGGCACACCUGUGUAUGCAUGUUUAUGUAUGUGUGAAGACUGGAGUUUGAUGCUGAGCGACUUCAUCACUCUACCUUACAGGGUCUCUCACCUGAGUUCUGAACUGGUCAGUCAGUUCAGUGAGUCCAGUCACCCAGCUUGCUUCUAGGAUCUCUGUAUCUGCCUGCCAAGGCUGGUAUUUUCUGCAUUUAUGGGUGCUGGAAUUACACAGCAUGGACUUUAAUCAAUUCUUUCUCUGCAGUGCUCUCUCAGUACGUUUGGGGGAAUUAUGGAUCGUCACAUUCCCAUGCAUGACUUACCUGAAGAAAUCCAAAAGGCUGGUCCUUCUUCCCAAAGAUGCCCCUGCUGUGUUUCUUUAUUUUCUUUUUUUGUAUAUAGGCAAGGAGGGCUUCUGCAGAAAUCAGAGAGGAGAGGUCCAUGGGUGGCAGAGAGAAAGAGAGAUGAGCUGGGAGAAAAGGCUGAGAAGAACUUCAAGAAAGAGCUAAGGGGAUCCUGUUCAUACCUAGAGAUGUCUCCUGAAGAAACUGUUUGUAAAUACUGUGGCGUCAGCUAUCUAAUUCUUCAUGAAUUUAAGGCUAUGGAAGAAAAACUGAAAGCAGUGCAAGAAGAAAUGAAAUUUUAUCAAGGAAGUGUAGAACGAGAAAAGAGACUUCAAGAAAAGCUACAGUCUCUGAGCCAGGAGUUUGAACAGUAUAAAAGUAACAGCGAGACCAAGAAGGAAAGAGUCCAAGAUGCAAGCAUGCAGUUAAAAAAGCAACAAAGUGAAUUUCAGAGAGUACAGAAAGAAUUAGGUCAUGUACAAUUUGAAUUAAAAGUUAAACAAAAACAAUCCCAAGUCUUCAGUCAAAGAUUGUCAGAGUACAAAUACUUCUGGAAUAAGACUCUCUUAUUACUUACUUUUACUAAAAGGGAACUAACAAGUAUUAAAUAUGAAAUAUAUGAUAAUUUUCAAAACUGGACUUCAUUGAAAGGAGAAGUUUUUCUGCAAAUUAAAUCUAUAAGUGAUACAGCUUUGGCAGAGAUAGAUAUGUUAAAUAGAAGUCUGACAGUGUCCCAGAGAAAUAAGGUGUGCCUGGAAGAGGAAAUGAAAAGUCUCAAAUUGUUAUCGGACGCAGCCAUAUUGCGGUCUCAGCAGAUGGAGGCAUCCAAACAGCAUGAAGUGAACUUGCAAGCCAGGUGCUAUGAGCUGCAGAAGGAAGCACUAGAUUUACAGUGUCAAGUAGAAGCACUUGGGUUGAGACUUCAGAAGACAGCGAAGGAGCUGGACAACUGUAAAGAGAUGCUCAUAAAAAAAUCUAAUGAUGCUGAUAGCUGUGAAAGAGAACUUAGAAAACUGAAGUUUGAAUCCAUUAUCUCUGAGUCAAGGCACAAAAGGCUUCUUAAAGAAAAAGAAGACGCUUUAAUUACUUGCCAACAACUAUAUAAAACUGUACAGGAAGAGCUGACUACUAAAGAAAGACAAGAGGAAGAUAUAAAACGAAGAAUCAGCCUCGCAGAAAAUGAACUAGAGAUGACCAAAACUCUCCUGCUUCAGACACAGGAAGAAAUUUUAACACUGAAAAAGGAAAGGGAAUUGAUGCUGGUUUCUCAUCAGAAAAGCAUCGAGCAGCUGCAGGAAACCCUGAGACAGAAGCUGCUGAGCGAUGACAGCUGGAGGGAGAAGAUUGAAGCUGAGCUCAGCAAGGAAAGAGCCCGGCAUCUCAUUGAGUUCCAGGACCAAGCUCUUCUCUUUAAGGAGGAAGCUAAACUGGAACUUGACAUUGAAAAAGAAAAACACCAGGAAAUAAUUCGGAAGUAUCAGCAAGAAUACGAGGGCCUGCAGAGGAAGAUAGCUGACUUAAUCGCAGAUGCUACAAAAGACCUGAGGCUGGAAGUGACCUCUCUCCAAGAAAAACUCCAUGAAUCACAUGCACGAUACACAGAAGAGUCUGACUCAAAGAAAAAAGAAAUUGAAGACCUGAAAAAUCUGGUUGCAGAGUUCGAGUGUCGUUUGAAGGAGGAAACUGGCCGUGAUGAUUCAGUUUCCGAAGAGUUGAAGAAGGAAAUGAAACAGAAGUCAGAUGAACUGGAAAGAGUAAGGCUGGCCCAGACACAGCUGCUGCAGCAGUUCAGCCAGUCACAGGAAGAGAACACUUUUCUCCAGGAAACAGUGCGCAGAGAGUGUGAAGAACGCUUUGAACUGACUGAGGCUUUGAGUCAAGCCAAAGAGCAGCUCGUGGAGCUCAGAAGGAACGGAGGAAACUUACCGGGUUCCCUCAGUAAGGGUGCCCUACCCUACCCUGCCUCGCCAGUCAAUAAUCACCGCGGGCUAAGCGGUGUGAGACAGAACUGUGGACGAGGAACCGCCAGCCUGCGUGGACUGCCAAAACCCACCGCUUCCCCAACCCCAGAUAAGCUCAAGAAGGUCAGCAACUCCGGACUGCCUGCCCUGUCCCAGGCAUAUCCUCCCAGGGGCCGAGCAAUUCCAGUGAACGAGGCCAGGCAGAGGUUGACAGCCAUCCUUCGCAGGAGGCUGAGUCAGCAGUGAUUGUCUGCUUCAGGAGGGUCCCACCCACGGUGCACACACCCUUUCACAGCAGGGCAGAGACUCACUGUAACCUGGUACCGGGAAACAAACCUAUCUGUAGAUAUAUUUAACAAGGAAUGUACAAAACUAGGAACUGUGAAAAGUCACAGUUUUCAAAGGGCCUCGGAAAUUGCAAGAUAAUGAAGUUGGUACUCCAGAAGUCUGAUUUCUACGUUCAUGUAUGUAUUUUAUGCUCUUCGAGUCUGGCCCUGAGUCGAGACCACAGGGAAAAGCUGCUCAGCCCGGCGAGUGUUUCUCUUCCUCAUUUCCUGUCUUUCAUCCUCCCCACUUGCUUUCCUUCUUUUUCUACCCAUAGCAACUGGAUUAUCACCACAAAAUAGAUUAUAUUGGUUUUAUGGCA